CCGCCCGCACGUGCAGCCGUUUAAGCCGCGUCGGCGGGCCGCGAGGAGCCCGGGGAGCCUGGAGCGGAGAGGAACCUGAAGCUAUCAUGGGAGAUGAAGAUUGGGAGGCAGAAAUACUCAAACCUCAUGUGUCUUCCUAUGUUCCUGUAUUUGAGAAGGAUAAAUAUUCUUCUGGAGCAAAUGGAGACACUUUUAACAGGACUUCAGCUUCAUCAGUGUUGUUUGCUUUAGAAAUGGAAGAUGGGCCUUCUGGAAGAGAUCAUUUCAUGAGAAGUGGGUUUCCUUCUGGAAGAAGUUUAGGAAACAGAGAUACUGGCGAGUGUAGUAAGAAGGAGAGCGCAUGCGCACCUGGUGGCUUCGGAAGAGGGAAGGGCUUUGGAAGCAGAGGUUUUUUAAAUAACAAGUUUGAAGAAGGUGAUAGCUCUGGUUUCUGGAAAGAGUCUAACAAUGACUGUGAAGAUAAUCAGACUCGAAGCAGAGGGUUUUCCAAGCGAGGUGGCUAUCAAGAUGGAAAUGAUUCAGAAGCAUCCAGGCCAUUCAGAAGAGGUGGAAGAGGAAGUUUCCGAGGCUGCCGUGGAGGAUUUGGUCUAGGAAGACCAAAUAGUGAAUCUGACCAAGAUCAGGGGACACAGCGUGGUGGUGGCCUUUUUGGUUCUAGGAAACCAGCAGCAAGUGAUUCAGUGCAAUGUCUUACAGGCAAUGGUGACACUUACCAAAGCAGAAGUGGAAGUGGCCGAGGUGGUUACAAAGGUUUAAAUGAAGAAGUAGUAACAGGUUCUGGAAAGAAUUCUUGGAAGUCAGAAACUGAAGGAGGUGAAAGCAGUGAUAUUCAAGGUCCAAAAGUGACAUAUAUACCCCCUCCUCCACCAGAGGAUGAGGACUCCAUCUUUGCACAUUAUCAGACAGGCAUAAACUUUGAUAAAUAUGACACCAUACUUGUUGAAGUAUCUGGACAUGAUGCACCACCGGCAAUUUUGACUUUUGAAGAAGCUAAUCUCUGUCAGACACUGAAUAACAACAUUGCUAAAGCUGGCUAUACUAAGCUUACUCCUGUGCAGAAAUACAGCAUUCCCAUUGUAUUAGCAGGACGAGAUUUGAUGGCUUGUGCUCAAACAGGGUCUGGGAAGACUGCAGCUUUUCUCUUGCCUAUUUUGGCUCAUAUGAUGCGGGAUGGAAUAACUGCCAGUCGCUUUAAAGAACUGCAGGAGCCAGAGUGUCUUAUUGUAGCACCAACUCGAGAACUGAUCAACCAGAUUUACUUGGAAGCCAGAAAGUUCUCUUUUGGGACUUGUGUAAGAGCUGUGGUCAUAUAUGGAGGAACCCAGUUUGGGCAUUCAGUUCGACAGAUAGUACAAGGGUGUAACAUAUUGUGUGCUACUCCAGGGAGGCUGAUGGACAUCAUAGGCAAAGAAAAGAUUGGCCUCAAACAAGUCAAGUACUUAGUUUUGGAUGAAGCUGAUCGAAUGUUGGAUAUGGGUUUUGGACCAGAGAUGAAGAAACUAAUUUCUUGUCCAGGAAUGCCAUCAAAGGAACAACGCCAAACCCUUUUAUUCAGUGCGACUUUUCCAGAAGAAAUCCAGAGGUUGGCUGGGGAGUUUCUAAAGUCCAAUUAUUUGUUUGUUGCUGUUGGGCAAGUGGGAGGAGCUUGCAGAGAUGUUCAGCAGACGAUUCUUCAAGUUGGCCAGUAUUCAAAAAGAGAAAAGCUUGUUGAGAUUCUACGAAACAUAGGUGAUGAAAGAACUAUGGUCUUUGUUGAAACCAAGAAAAAAGCAGAUUUCAUUGCAACUUUUCUUUGUCAAGAAAAAAUAUCAACUACAAGUAUUCAUGGUGAUCGGGAACAGAGGGAGAGAGAGCAAGCUCUUGGAGAUUUUCGCUGUGGAAAGUGCCCAGUUCUUGUUGCUACUUCAGUGGCUGCCAGAGGGCUUGAUAUUGAAAAUGUUCAACAUGUUAUCAAUUUUGACCUUCCUUCUACCAUUGAUGAAUAUGUUCAUCGAAUUGGGCGCACUGGCCGCUGUGGAAAUACUGGCAGGGCGAUUUCUUUUUUUGAUACUGACUCUGAUAAUCAUUUAGCACAGCCUCUAGUUAAAGUACUGUCAGACGCUCAACAGGAUGUCCCUGCAUGGCUAGAAGAGAUUGCCUUCAGUACCUAUGUGCCUCCCAGCUUCAGUAGCAGCACAAGAGGAGGAGCUGUGUUUGCAUCUGUUGACACAAGGAAGAAUUACCAGGGCAAGCACACGUUGAAUACCGUGGGGAUUUCUUCUUCACAAGCUCCCAAUCCAGUUGAUGACGAGUCAUGGGAUUAAAGCAAACAAACGUCAAGUCUGAUCGUUCUGAUGCAGAGAAGAGAAAGAGUUUUUAUUUUUAAAAUUUUAACAGAAGUGUGAAACCUGAUACUCUUAUAUCUCCUGUUCUUCUGUUCUUCCUCCCAAACUUUAAAAAAUAGCCAGCUUCAUUGAUUAGUUAUGUGAAAUGCUGACGUUACAACACUGCAGGUACUGAUACAAAUGGUGUUAACUGGAAAUAUUAAAGCAUUCUAUAUGUUUUGCUUAUUUCUAGUAUAUUCUUCAGAAAGCUAAGACAUGUUUCAUGUCCAAGUGCUAAGUCUUAGUACAGUGUUUAUGAUCCUAUAAAACAAGCAAUAGGAUGUGAUGUGCUCUUGUUUAAUUAUUGGGUCUAAUUUCUACUUGAUCCUUUAAAAGAAUAGUGUAUCAGUACAAUGUAAUAACAUGAUUUUCAUGAAACAGUAGAGACUGAAGCCUUUCAAAGUUAUUUGAUUUUUAGAUUAUCAGACAUGUAAUGAAAAUGGUUCAGUUUGCAAUGUGAGCGCUGUACUUGGUGGUAUGACAAAUGUUUGCUUUUAUAAUAUACAGAUUUUUCUUACAAAUAAAAGAUGAAACACAU